AUGCUUCAAGAUCGCCUCAAUGACGCCGCAAUUGCUUUAUCUCGGGUCUUGAGCGACGCAAGAAUCAAAUUUGGGAUCUUUGGCGGAUAUGCCAUUGCUGUCCUUGGUGGCCAACGUGAAAGCAAGGACAUUGAUUGUGUUGCUGCGCUCUCGAAACAGGCGGUCAUAAGCCUGUUCGAUGGGAAACUUGGAUUUGUUGCGGUCCCUCAGACGCGCGAGGACUAUGUAGCAUUCCUGUGGUCGAACACCCCAAAUCGAAGCAAUGCAGUACUAGUGGAAAUAUUCUGUGAACAGUUUCCUGGGGCUCGCUACUCCAUGAGCAACGUCCAACCAAACGCGGUCGCCAUCAACGGUGCGAGUCUUGGGAAUGGGACAGCGCCAUUCCUCGAUCCCGUCUAUCUCUUCAAAGGAAAGCUUCGUGCAGCAGCAACUCGUGCUAAGUUCCAUGACUCGGCUGACCUACGAUGGCUUGAAGGACGCUUCCGUGAAACCAUAAAGGCUAGAAGGGCUGAAUUCAGUUCCAAGUAUGUUGGACUUGCGAUGAAGAGAUACGCGGAACUUGAACCUCUGUUCAUCAGGCUGGGUAUUGAUGUUGCUGUGGCAAAGGAUGCGGCUGCCAAUUUGGACCCAAACAAUCUUCCACGGCCUGCUCCUGGUGAUGUGCAACUUGGCAUUCUUGGAUAA